AGCGACCCGCGCGAUGGACGGGUGGAGCCGUGCGCGCCCCGCCGGGAUUUUCGGGGGCGGGAGCCUGUCCGAGCCGGCCGGUCGCUGGGGGCCGGGGCAGGCGGCGGCGGCCGGGCCUGGGCGCGUGCUCGGUGGCCGCAGGGGGCCCGCGCGCAUGCGCCCCCGCACCGUCCUGCGGGGAGAGCGACCACCCUCCUCGCGGUGCCCGGUGGGAGGCGAGCUGGUUGCAGAAAGCCCUCGGCGGACCCUUGGCAGCACUCAAUUAAUGAUGCCUGGAAGCUGACAGACAUAAAUAUUCAGAAAUGUUUUGUCACCUGAGACCUGUGAAAAGGUUAUGUCUAGAGAAGAUCUUUCCACAUUGGUUUCUCUACUCAAGAGCUUUAUCGGGAGCGGAGGCAGUCAAUGCUUUGAGACCAUUCUAUUUUGCAGUACAUCCAGAUUUCUUUGGACAGCACCCCAAAGAAAGGGAAGUCAAUGAAAAUUCUCUUAAGAGAUUAAGUGUCUACUUAGAAAAUAUCCAGAAACCAGGCAUCAAGUCUCUGAAACCAACUCAGCUCAUGUUUUAUGUCAGAGAAACAGACCAGAAUUCAUCGGAUGGCCAGGAAUCCUUCGGUGCUUCCGGAUUCCGAGCAGUCAAAUUUACUUUGCACACCAGAGAUCUGCUGAGCACAGUAUUAUAUAUUCUCAACUCCUGCAGCUUGUCUGUUGAACAUAUCCAGAGUUUGAAUACCAGCACACCCUCCCAGCCUCCCAAAGAGGCGAAGAGGGGAUCCGACAGGCCCAUCAAAUGGGACAAGACUUACUACACUUUCACCGGAUUCAAGGAUCCUGAUGAAGACCUUGAGCACGUGUCAAGAAUGGAAACCACCCUCACAUCGUGGUUAGAUAACAAUGGAAAAAGUGCCGUUAAAAAGCUGAAGAAUAGUCUGCCACUUAGAAAAGAACUAGACCGUUUAAAAGAUGAACUAUCUCACCAGCUGCAACUCACAGACAUCAGGUGGCAGAGGAGCUGGGGCAUUGCCCACCGCUGCAGCCAACUCCACAGCUUGGGCCGCUUAGCACAGCAAAACUCGGAAGCACUCAGGAAUGCCAAAGGAUGUACGAUAAUAUUUACAGACCGUUCCGGCAUGAGUGCGGUGGGCCAUGUAAUGCUGGGGACAAUGGAUGUCCAUCAUCACUGGACAAAACUUUUUGAAAGAUUGCCAACUUACUUUGACCUUCAGAGGAGGCUGAUGCUGCUGGAAGACCAGAUCAGUCACCUUCUUGGCGGCAUCCAGGUGGUUUAUAUCGAAGAGCUGCAGCCAGUGCUGACCCUGGAAGAGUAUUACUCUCUCCUGGAUGUGUUCUGUAGUCGGCUGUUGAAGAGCCGAGUCCCUUCUCAUCCCCAAAGUCUGCGUGGCUUACAAAUGAUCCUUAACAGCGACAGAUAUGCGCCCAGCCUGCAUGAACUCGGGCAUUUCAACAUCCCAACCCUCUGUGACCCGGCAAACCUCCGGUGGUUUAUUCUCACCAAAGCCCAACAGGCAAGAGAGAACUUGAAAAGAAAAGAAGAGUUAAAGAUUAUGGAAAAUGAAUUGAUGCAGGCUUCCACAAAGAAAUUUUCUCUGGAAAAGUUCUAUAAGGAGCCCAGCGUUUCUAGUAAACAAAUGGUGGACUGUUGCAAGAGACUUCUAGAGCAGUCACUGCCUUAUCUACAAGGGAUGCACCUCUGCGUGUCACAUUUCUACUCAGUGAUGCAAGACGGAGACCUCUGUAUCCCCUGGAAUUGGAAGAACGGAGAAGCCAUUAAGUAACCCAGAAAUCGGUAUUAUUUUUUAACCAGAGAAGGAACUGUUAAGCUUAUUUAAAUCCGGGAUUUGAGAUAACAGUAUUAUUUUACAUGUUUCAAGAACAGAGUUUCUAACUGCUGCUUUGAAGGUAACAAUUUUUUUAUUAUUAAUUUCUGCUAUGAAAGUGGUUUUAAAAGGGUAUGCUCCCGAUUGGAACACCAGAUUGGCAAAACUAGGUAAAUUGGAUGUUAGUGUGAAUGAGAGAUUCUCCAGAGCUCUAUUUUUAUAGAAUGAGUGAUGGCCACUACACAGGUCUCAGCCCGUAUAUCUCAGAUGCCACGGGACUCAUCUCCAUGGCUGACAUGCGAGGCCACACAGUUUUCUCAAUGCAUCUGGUGUAUCUGGACACGUGAAUAUUUUGCAGCCAGGCAGGACAGAUUUAAUGUUCCUAACAGAUGACUGGUGACUAGCAACGUUUAGGUGACCAAAUUUUGCCUAAAGGAGAGGCUGUCUAAGGAACAAAGGGAUAGGUUGAGUAUCUGGUCUGGACAUUAUCACUAGCAGUCCGAUUCCUGUUGUUCAACAUCUUCAGUGACACAGAAGCUAGUCUUAAACCCCGAAGUUUUCCCACCCAUUCAGUCUGUUGGUAGCAUGAAGUCAACAGAGAGCUUUUGAACUGAAAUCCAAAUAGGACUUUGAAGUCAUUAGAUGGGGUGAGUCAUUUCUUUUCAUUAGUAAGCACGACCCAGGAAAAUCGUGGCUUGUUCUCCAAGGGUCUUGGCAAACAAGGCCCCGUGACCAUGGCUGCACUCAUGCCAUCUCUGGCUCGUCUCAGACCCUGUCCUGCCACAGGGACUGGCCAGUGCCUCAGCAUGACCCCUGCUCCAGAGCUGUGGGCACCCCCAUGGCCACAGCACAGACUCCCUGGACAGAGUCUUCAGGUCAUAGUCUACACUGGACCAAACCGUGUCUGCCCCUUGUCAGGAGGGAAGGAGAAUACCAGGUUGGGACGCUAUUUUUUGACACUGCAAACGAAAUGAGAAAGGAGUUUUUCCCACAGCUCGUUCGACAGGAAAAGAGAUGUUAAAAACGUUUCUUGAAGUAUGUUUUAAGUUGACACUGAUUCUUUAAAAUUUCCAAACGUGUUCAAAAGUAUUAAUUUCUAAGUCUCCUUUACAAAUUUCAUCCCUUUUAAUCUCUGCCUGACAACUGUACUGAAAACAUUUUUUUCUAAUGUAGCAAAUGGUGUUGUCUAUAAAGAUUUUUCCAGAGCCAAAGGAUUGGGUUUAAACAAUUCCAUAAAGGCCAUAUAAGAAAAUAUAAUUGGAAAAAUAACGUUGGAUUAUGCCAUUUCUCGUAUCUACUAAUGUGGAAUUCUCAGUAGUAUUUUUUGAAGUGAACUUUGUCUCAGAGCUAUUUGUUACAUAAUGAAUUAUAUAAUAAUCAGA